GUGCACCCCAUGCUGACGGAUGCUCAGGAUGUUGCCUGGAGAGGCCCACCAUGUGCUGCCGCAACAGAUGGUCGAUUGUUCCAGGCAGCGGAGUCACCAUGGAGUCGUGGAGUCAGUGUGGCCCGGCAUCCAUGGUGCACCUCGUGCUAGCAGGUGGCUCAGGACGGGGCAGUUAUAAUGGGACAUCUGCCAUACGCUGGCAAGGAAGAUGGUCAGUUCUUCUGGGACACAAAGGCCCCCAAAGUCCUUGAGUCAGUGUGGCCUGGCCUCCACGGUGCACCCCCUGCUGGUGGAUGGCUCAGGACGGGGCAGUUGCCUUGAGGGGCCCACCACGUGCUGCCACAACAGAUGGUCGAUUCUUCCAAGCAACAGAGUCCCCAUGGAGUUGUGGAGUCGAUGUGUCCUGGCACCCAUGGUGCACCUCAUGCUGGCGGGUGGCUCAGGACGGUGAGCCUCAGCUGGGAGUGCGGCCAGUGAUGGGGUCUGGUCACGAUAUCAGAUGCCCCAUGGGAGGUGAGGUGUGUGUGCUCAGAUCAAGGGUGGUAGCUGUUAGGGUCAGUUUCCAUGGGACAUCCACCAUACGCUGGCAAGGAAGAUGGUCAGUUUUUCUGGGACACAAAGGCCCCCAGAGUCCUAGAGUCCAAAUGGCCUGGAUCCAUGGUGCACCCCUGCUGGUGCAUGGCUCAGGAUGGGGCAGUUUCUUGAGAGGCCUGCUGUGUGCUGGCCCGAUAGAUGGUCGAUUGUUCCAAGGAACAGAGUCCCCAUGGAGUCGUGGAGUCAUUGUGGCCUGGCAUCCAUGGUGCACCUCAUGCUGGCGGGUGGCUCAAGAUGGAGCAGUUAAUCAUGAAAGCUCCACCACUUGGUGGGAAGGACGAUGGUCGAUUCUUCCGCCCAACGGAGGCCACGUUGAGUCCUUGAUUCGGCGUGCCAUGGCAACUGCAGUGCACUUCAUGCUGGUGGGUGGCUCAGGACGGGGUAGUUGCCAUGGGAGGCCCACCACCUGCCGGAAGGAAGAUGGUCGAUUCUUGUGAGCCACAAAUGCCCUGCAGAGUCUCAGAGUCAGUGUGGCCUGGCUUCCAUGGGACAUCUUGUGCUGGUGGAUGGCUCAGGCCGGUAAGCAUUCCUGUGCCC